UGUUCUUGGUGUGCGUUUCUCUCUCUCUCUCUUUUUUUCCCCGUUGGAGUAAACGACCUCUUGCUGAGUGGCUGAGCAUUCUCAGAACAAACACGGCUCUCAGCUCUGGCACGUCCGGCCCAUCUCACUCUCCGCCCUCAGCCUCCUCCUCUGAGUCGGAGAUAUGAUGGCCCAGGCUGAAGUUUUAGGCUCCCCAUGGCCAUGCCACCCUUCAGUGGGGUGCCUCAUCAUGCCAGGAAAAGAAAACAAGAAAUAGGGAAAGAAAAAGGGUGGGCAGGUCUAGGUGAAGUCAUCCCAAUAAAGGUUAAUAGCUGGGCGGUGACACCUUCUCACACCACUGGAGAGAAAAUGCUUGCUCCCAGCUGCCUGUCACGGUACUGGGAGUAAGAGGUGACCUAUUUAUUUUUAGAAGGGGACAGUCAUGAUAACCCGGCUCCUAGCUUCAUUCAAGGCAGGCAGGUGCUUUGGACGUUUGUAAACACCUACUUUCUGAAGAAGGGAGGAGCGCUUUUUUUUUUUUUUUUUCAAAAGGGAAAGAACUUGAAGGCUGGGGAUCUUCCCCCGGGACACUUGCUGUUGAGUGGAGAAGAAGCCAUUGUAGCACACGAGUGCUACAGCCGUGUCCACUCGGCCAUUAUUUUUAUACAGGGCAGAAAUGCCUGAAGGUGACGACUUUGGACCAGGCCAAAGCUGGGAAGUUAUCAAUUCCAAACCGGAUGAAAGACCGAGGCUCAGCCACUGUAUUGCAGAAUCAUGGAUGAAUUUCAGCUUAUUUCUUCAAGAAAUGUCUCUUUUUAAACAGCAGAGCCCCGGCAAGUUUUGUCUCCUGGUCUGCAGUGUGUGCACAUUUUUUACGGUCUUGGGAAGUUACAUUCCUGGGGUUAUACUCAGCUAUCUCCUGUUAUUGUGUGCAUUUUUGUGUCCACUGUUUAAGUGUAAUGAUAUUGGACAAAAAAUAUACAGCAAAAUCAAGUCAGUUCUGCUGAAACUAGAUUUUGGAAUUGGAGAAUAUAUUAAUCAGAAGAAACGUAAGAGAUCUGAAGCAGAUAAAGAAAAAAGUCACAAAGAUGACAGUGAAUUAGACCUUUCAGCUCUUUGUCCUAAGAUUAGCCUCACGGUUGCUGCUAAAGAGUUGUCUGUGUCUGACACGGACGUAUCUGAGGUCUCCUGGACUGACAAUGGGACCUUCAACCUUUCAGAAGGAUACACUCCACAGACAGACACUUCUGAUGAUCUCGACCGGCCUAGCGAAGAAGUUUUCUCUCGAGACCUUUCCGAUUUUCCAUCUGUAGAAAAUGGCAUGGGAACAAACGAUGAAGAUGAAUUCAGCCUUGGCUUGCCCACUGAGCUCAGGAGAAAAAAGGAGCAGCUGGACAGCGGUCCCAGAGCAAGCAAAGAGAGGCAGUCCGCCGCUGGCCUCACCCUUCCGCUGAGCAGUGACCAAACCUUUCACUUGAUGCGCAACCUGGCCGGGGACGCCAUCACAGCUGCAGUGACAGCUGCCAUCAAAGAGCAGUUAGAGGGCGCCGCGAAGCAAGCACUCUCUCAGGCUGCCCCCAGCCUGGGAGACGACACAGACACUGAAGAAGGUGAUGACUUUGAACUACUUGACCAGUCAGAGCUUGAUCAAAUUGAGAGUGAAUUGGGACUUGCACAAGACCAAGAAGCAGAAGCACAGCAAAGUAAGAAGGCUUCAGGCUUCCUUUCAAAUCUACUCGGAGGAGGCCAUUAGUCUGGGAAUCAACUUGUUCAACACAGCACAGAUAAAACUACCAAAAAAUUAUAAACAAUGCAAAAAAAAAAAAAAAAAAAAAGAAAAAGAAAAAAGGAAAAAAAAUUUUUUUGAACUGUGGGCUUUACUGAUUACUUCAGAUUGUUUUUCUUAUUUUCCCUUCUGCAGUGAAUUAAUUGGAUCUAUAUCAGCUGAUACUGAUAGACUGAUAUUUCCUAUAGUUAUUUUUAUGUAAUAAGCAUGGAAAUGAACUUUGUACACAUAUAUAUACAUGCUGUGUUAUCAGAGAUGAAUAUUAGAAGUUGUUUUUAAAGCAAAACACCAACUUAUUGAGAUCCUCCUACAAGUAUUCCUUAUUUUUCCUUUACAAUUAAUUUUUCAGGCAUGCAAAAACUUUAUUGUAACUCACUGAAAUAUUAAUUCGUUGGUGAAUA